CGGUCGUCUCCGAGCUAUCAUAAUAAUACGCAACCAGCUAUUCACACUUCAACAUCGUCCAACAGGCGAUUACCUCGAAACCGUGCCGGGAGAGAACCCAGGAUGCAAUGCGUCGUGUUGUCGUGACGGGUCUGGGAGCUGUGACGCCUCUGGGAGUGGGAAUCCAUCGAACCUGGAAGCGCCUGUUGGAUGGGCAUUGCGGUAUCGCCAACGUCAAACAUCGAGAUCCGAAGUUCUCUGAAUUACCAUGCCAGGUCGCUGCGGUAGUGCCGCAAGGCACGCGGCAGGAUGGUGGAUGGAAAGCGUCCGAAUGGCUAGCAAGAGACGAUGAGCGCAAGAUGGCUCGGUUUGCUCAGUAUGCUAUGGCUGCUACGGAAGAAGCGAUUGAAGGAGCUGGAUGGAGACCCAAUGCUCCUGAAGAAAGGGAGGCCACGGGAAUAUGCCUGGGUUCUGGUAUUGGGAACUUUGACGAGAUCUACGACACUGUCUUGGCAUACGAUAAAGGGGGUUACAGGAAGGUAUCCCCUCUGUUUGUGCCGAGACUGCUGAUCAACCUCGGGGCCGGCCAUAUCUCAAUGAAAUAUGGAUUUAUGGGUCCCAAUCAUGCUGUUACCACCGCGUGUACCACUGGAGCGCAUUCUAUCGGCGAUGCUGCUCGCUUUAUUGCUUACGGAGAUGCGGACGUUAUGGUGGCCGGUGGAGCAGAGUCCUGCAUUCACCCACUGGCUAUUGGGGGCUUUGCGAGGGCAAGAAGCCUGGCAACAGGCUUUAACGACAAGCCAGACAAAGCCUCCAGGCCAUUCGACGCUGAUCGUCAAGGCUUUGUGGUCGGUGAAGGUGCUGCCGUAAUGAUUCUAGAGGAACUGGAGCACGCAAAGGCUCGAGGCGCUCAUAUAUACGCUGAACUAAAAGGGUAUGGCUGUUCAAGUGACGCGUACCAUAUCACGGCUCCUAGGGAAAACGGAGAAGGCGCGUUCAUGGCCAUGAAAAAAGCAUUGAAGAACGCGAAAGUGCGACCAUCUGCGGUCGAUUAUGUUAAUGCACAUGCAACCUCGACAGUGAUAGGGGAUGCUGCAGAGAAUGCGGCUAUCAAGACGCUCAUGCUGGGGCCUGACGGAAAACAGAAAGCGUCAGAUGUGAACAUCAGUAGCACCAAGGGCGCUGUGGGACAUCUCCUAGGGGGUGCGGGUGCGCUUGAGGCUGUGUUUACGGUCCUCGCUAUCCAUGAGGUAUGUAUUCGGUUUGGAACUCCCCAUAAAAGAAACAGAUGCACUGAUAAUGUCCCCUUGGUAGAAUGUGAUGCCUCCAACAAUCAACCUGGAGCGUCUAGCAGAUGGUUUCGACUGCAACUACGCAGCAAACGUCGCCCAACAGCGGAAGAUUGACGUCGCCCUGACGAAUAGUUUUGGAUUUGGAGGGACUAAUAGCAGCCUCUGCUUCUCCAAAUAUCAAUCAUAAGCUUGGAUGCGUUUCGUGGCUGUGGUUUUGAAGUCGUUAAGAAGGGUGUACCUAUUCGGGACAGAUAAAGGCUACACAGUGCUGUAUAUCAAUAUUUGAAUGCAUAUAUUCUCUCCAAUGGAUCUCUUCAACGAACAUAUUCCGUAGGAAUGAAAUAUUGAC